AUAUCUUGUUUUGGUUCUGGUUUCGGUGUCUUUUUUAUUUUAUUGUUCUUUUGAGUUUCCUCGAGUGAGAAAAAGUGAGAGAAAAUGCCGGCCGCCGGAGGAAUCGUCGGAGGUGGCGGGAGGGAGUACCCCGGCAACCUUACAGUGUUCGUGACGAUAACAUGUAUAGUUGCAGCCAUGGGUGGCUUAAUCUUCGGCUACGAUAUUGGGAUUUCCGGUGGAGUGACGUCGAUGGAUCCGUUCUUGAAGAAGUUCUUCCCGUCGACCUACCAGAAAAAGAACCUCGACAAGUCGACUAACGAGUACUGUAAGUACAACAGUCAGGUACUGACGAUGUUUACGUCGUCAUUGUACCUGGCGGCGCUUCUGUCGUCGUUAGUCGCGUCCACCGUGACUCGUAAGUUUGGCCGGAAAUUGUCGAUGCUCUUCGGAGGAGUUCUGUUCUUCGCCGGAGCUCUUAUCAACGGUCUCGCGAAAGCCGUUUGGAUGUUGAUUCUUGGUCGGAUCUUGCUCGGAUUCGGUAUCGGAUUCGCCAAUCAGUCUGUGCCGCUGUACCUCUCAGAGAUGGCACCAUACAAAUACAGAGGAGCUCUGAACAUAGGCUUCCAAUUAUCAAUCACCAUUGGAAUACUGAUAGCAAAUGUGCUGAACUACUUCUUCGCGAAGAUCAAAGGAGGUUGGGGAUGGCGACUGAGCUUGGGCGGCGCCAUGGUGCCGGCUCUGAUCAUCACCGUCGGCUCGCUCCUCCUUCCCGACACACCGAACUCGAUGAUCGAGCGAGGCGACCGCGACGGAGCGAGGAAGAAGCUACAGAAGGUUCGAGGGAUUGAAGACGUGGACGAGGAGUUCAACGAUCUGGUGGCGGCGAGUGAAGCGUCGAAGCAAGUGGAGCAUCCAUGGCGGAACCUGUUGCAGAGGAAGUACAGGCCACACCUCACCAUGGCCAUAUUGAUUCCUUUCUUCCAGCAAUUCACUGGGAUCAAUGUGAUCAUGUUCUACGCGCCUGUGUUGUUCAAUUCAAUUGGGUUCAAAGACGAUGCGGCUCUCAUGUCUGCUGUUAUCACUGGUCUGGUUAAUGUGGUUGCUACUCUGGUUUCCAUCUAUGGCGUCGAUAGAUGGGGAAGAAGAAAGCUUUUCCUUGAAGGAGGUGUCCAAAUGCUCAUCUGCCAGGCUGUGGUAGCUGCUUGCAUUGGAGCCAAGUUUGGGAUUGACGGGAAUCCAGGGGAGCUACCGAAGUGGUACGCAGUAGUAGUGGUGCUGUUCAUCUGCAUCUACGUGGCAGGGUUCGCGUGGUCGUGGGGCCCACUAGGAUGGUUGGUCCCGAGUGAGAUAUUCCCACUGGAGAUCCGAUCAGCGGCUCAGAGUGUGAACGUCUCAGUAAACAUGCUCUUCACCUUCUUCGUGGCACAAGUCUUCUUGAAUAUGCUGUGUCACAUGAAGUUCGGACUCUUCAUCUUCUUUGGCUUCUUCGUGCUUGUCAUGUCCAUCUUCAUCUUCUACUUCCUCCCUGAAACUAAAAGCAUUCCCAUUGAAGAAAUGGGAAAAGUCUGGAAGACGCAUUGGUUCUGGGCAGAGUAUAUGGCUCAUGCUGAUGAAGGUUAUGGCAAUGCGGUUCAAAUGGCUAAAGGAGGUCAGGUUAUGAAGAAUGUGUAAUUAAGUUUAGUUUGGGUCUGUGAUUUAAAGUUGCUUUUUUAUUUUAUUUUAUUUUAUUUUAUUUUAUUUUUAUUUUGGGUCCACUGGUUUAUAAAUGUAAUGUGUUGUUUCAGGAUAUACAUUUCUUUGGGAAUGUAAUUGAAUAACUUACACAAUUAACCAAGUAUUUGUUCGAUCUCUGA